CGUUUUUCUCUCUCCAAAUGCAGUAUGGUGAAGUAAGGAUAUGGUAAAUUCAAUCAUUUGCGAGUGUGUACAACUAGUAUGUAACGGCUUUUUUAAAAUUGGCCUUUCCGAUGUUCAUACAGUUAUCCUGUGGUAUACCUUAGUAUCCAACUGUCCACGGUAUCGCUGUGGACAGUGACUAAAUACGUAGUCAUUGUCACGCUCUACAUCUGCUUGGAGAUGACGUCAGUGUUCAUCGGAGCAUGUACCGGUCGGACAGGUUCGACAAUGGGGGAGACAGGGCAGAGGUCAGAGCAGUGUGUGUGAAGUCGUAACGAUACAUAAAAACAACAAAGUUCGUCCCUGAGAUUCUUUGGUUCAGGAGACACAAGACCGGGUCUUCACGUAAAAUUUGGUAUGUUGGAGGACUAUUUAGAGUUGUAGAUGUUGCGAAAACGCCGGCCAAAGGCAAACUGCUGAUGUGAGGACAGAGAAGAAAGAAACUGAUUUCGACGAUGCUUCUGCUACGAGUACAGAGAGGCAGGUUGCGGUCCUUCUUUUGGGGCACAGUGUUUAUUUCGGUAAUGGCAAUCAUAUCUACAGUGUUCUAUGGAAGGCAUCGUAUGGUCGUGAAUCCACGGGCAGUAUCAGAGACUGAAAUAUCUCAACAGACACAAGGUGAUUCACCAGCCCUUCCUCGGUAUGAAACACCCUGGAUGAAUCGUGUUGUUGGAACACACAGAAAUUGCCACCCAAGGAAUAACUUCAUUUUUAUCAAGAUUCAGAAGACAGGAUCCUCAACAGUCACUAACAUGUUGCAACGAUACGCUAUAGACCGCGAACUCACGGUUAUGGUGCCUACUUGUACAAUGUGCGCCUUAAGUUGGCCCACUUCCCCCGAACGUGGAAUGUACCUACAGUCUAAGAACGGAAAAUACAGUGCUAUCGUUCACCACACAAGAUACAACAAAACUUGGAUGGAGUCUAUGUUUCCUUCCGACACCGCUUACAUAACUGUAAUUAGAGAACCAUUUGGUCAUCUUAAGUCAGUUUUUAAUUAUUACCAUCUCAGUGGAAAGCUGCUUCAGAGAAAGGUGAAGAGACCUGGAGACGAAAAUCCCAUCCAACUGUUUCUCAAAAGCCCCUUUGAGCACAGAUAUGUGAUAGGCUACAAACAUUGCGAGGUUACUUUUGAAAGGACGAGAAAUUUCCAAGCGUUUGACUUAGGGUACAAACAAGAGUGGGCCGAUGACGAGGGGAAAGCAGAACGGUUUCUUGCGGAUAUAGAACGAGACUUCACGUUGGUUAUGAUCUUAGAACACUUCGACGAAUCUCUAGUGCUGUUACGAAGGCUGAUGUGUUGGGAACUAAAGGAUAUUCUCUACGAUAGCCGACCUAAGAAACAGAGGUCCUAUGCGUACAAAGAUUACAAACCUUCGGAUGAAGAGCGAGGUAAUCACGAAGAGUUCAACAAGGUGGAUUACAUGCUGUAUGAACACUUUAAUAGGUCCUUGUGGAAUAAGAUAAUUUCUGAAGGACCCGCGUUCUUUACCGAACUAGAGUACUACAAGCAACUGAAUAACAACAUUAGCAAGCAUUGUUCUGAUAGUCAGGCAAAAAGGGGAAAAUUGAUCGUUCCCUCGUCCGAAUGGACUACGGAAUUUCAUGUAAGUGACGAAUUUUGUUACCGUUUAAGGACGAAGCGAACGAAAAAUUUGGAUGGGCCGCUACGUGCACAUUUGGUAAAGAGCGAGAGAAAACAUGUUUUUGGUAGGUGUCUACCGAUGGACCAGUACGUCGUUCUGAAAGGCAACACUAUAGCUACAUCGCCGUAGGAAAUUUUAAACGCAAAGUGAAUCUACCCGAGACCAUACUUAGGCCACACCGAAUUAAUUUUAUGGAUGACAUCCUCUGAAGACCAAAUAACAAGACUGGCAAUUAAAACAUAUAUUGUCAUGGCUACGGUAUUUGUUCAUAGAGUUAUUGUUUGCAUGGCACUACAAAAUGUAACAUGAUUUUUUGCGGAAGCCUCGUUGUGGUCUGUCAUGGGUUUGCAAUGUUAAAAAUAACAUUUGAGGUCGCAAGGCUCUGGGAGGGUUGGGUCCCCUUCUUUUCUUGUUCGUCUUUGACGAUGCCAUGAGACAAGCGUCCGUUGGGCGCUGGAAAUAUGUGGAUGAUUUAUCCUUGCACAGAUACAACAAGCCUUCGGUGAUGCAGAUGGAGCUAAUCGAAAUUCAAGACUGGUCCUUUCACAAUCACAUGACGUUAAAGCCGGACAAAUGCAAAGCAAUUGUAAUCUUCUUCAUAAAA